AUGGCCAUCAGCGGAUCUGCUCCCCGCCGCCCCUCCCACGCGUUGCUGCCGCCGAGCGCCGCCGGUGGGGAUGGAUUCGUUGCUCCCAAGCGCCGCCAGAUCCACUCUCCCGCUGGAUCCUCCUCCGUCCUCCCAAGCACAGCCAUCACCUCACCGCCACCAUCCUCCCCUUUGCCAUCGCCGAUGUCGGUGGGGAGGGAGGAGGCGCCGGAUCUGCUCCUCGCCGUCUCUUGUCCUGCACCAUUGCUUCCGAGAGCCGCCAUCGCCCCCUUCCCCGAGCUGCCACCCUCUCCCUAUCGUCGUUGUCACCCGGCAGCUUCCCACGUCAUCAAGGAGGUGGAUCCGGCCUCCCUCGUCGUUGCGGUGGCCAGAUCCGGCCUCCCCCGUCGUCGCAGCGGCCCGCGGCGGAGAGGAGGAGGCCACGCCCCGCCGCCGCUCCCGAGGCCCUCCCCGUUGGCCGAUGCGGUGGUGGAGGCGACGACAGCCGGCGGUGGGCUGUCGGGGUGCACGGCGCUGAGGGAGCUGUACCUAGCGUGGAACAAGAUCAGCGACGAGGGGCUGCACUGGCUGCUGAAGCCGACAUGGAGGGUGCCGACACUUUGA